AUGAACUUUUUACCAAAAUUAAAAUAUGACUUAAUAGAAUACAUAAUAAACAACUUAAUUAUAAUUAAAAUGUUUAAAUAAUAAACUACCAAAAUAUAUGAUUUUUUUAUUAUACAUUAAUAGAGUCUCUAAAAUGCUCCUCGUAUCAUUUCUAUUAUAUCUAACUAUUAUUCUAUUGAAUUGAAAAAUUUAGAUUUUGAGGAAGAAGAAUCAGAGUAAAUUACUUUUUUAGUUUUAUUUAUCUUAAUUUUUCUCAGUUGUGAAUAAAUUAUCAAUAAUAUUAUAUAAGAUUAUUGCGACUACUAUUAAAAAAUUCCUUAAAUCAAUUAGUAAAUUAAAAUAUAAUCAUAUUUGUUUCUCUGGUAAAGAACUAAACGAGAAUUGAAAUUAUUAAAAGAAAGAAAUGAAAGUAGAAGAUGA